AUGAACCUUCCCCGCGCGAUCGGCGCCAUCGUUUUCGCGUGCGUCUCGAGCCUCGCCACGGCGGCCCAGCCCGCCGCCGAGCCCGGCCGGUACGAGCUGCUCUCGGGCGUGCUCUCGUCCGUCGUCGAGACCCGCCCGCAGGACCUGCGAGACCCGGCGCUCCGCGCGCUGCGGUACCUCGAGGACCAGGACCUCAAGCCCUUCUUCGGCCACCUCGCCUCGCGCCGCGAGCCGCUGUACCGCGGUCACGGCAUCUUCGGCCUCGCCGAGCUCGAGGACCCGGCGCGCGUGAACACGCACCUGAUCGCCAAGAUCGAGAGCCCGUCCGAGCAGGCGGCGCUGAUCGGCGAGGCGAUCCGCCUGGGGUACCUCGAGGGCGAGGGCAUCCGUGAGAUCCUCAACUGGUCGUCCAUCCCGCCGAUCGUCGAGGUCAUGCUCAUCGCCACGCUGGGCGACGAGAUGGCGAGCGACACCAUGAAGACCCGUCUCGAGCGGCUCAGCGAGGGCGAGUCGCCGCGGGUCUCGCUCUUCGCGAACAUCCUGCUCGUGAACACCGACCGCUCCACGGAGCGCACGGCGCGGGUGAUCGAGCAGCUCAACGCGAUGCGGGAGGUCGAACGCCUGGCCACGCUCGCGAUCGUGCUCGGUCUCGUGCGUGACAACGACCUGACCGGGACCGGCCCCCUCCUGGCCGCGCUGUGCGACGCGUUCGCCGACGACGACCGCGUGCGCCACGACGCGCUCGGGACGUACCUCAUCAUCGACCCGCAGGCCGCGGGGACGCGCUGGAGAAAGGACUUCACGCAGACCGAUUCCCUCUCGGCGAAGGUCCGGCUGAUGUUCCACGCGCUGAGCGCCGCCGACCGGAUGGACGCGUCGCUGUUCAACGCCCUGAAGGACGAGGGCAACCCGCUGCUCGGUGCGCUGAUCGACGCCGCGAAGGCCCGCGCGUCGGGCAAUCUCGACACCCAAGCCCUGCUCGCGCUGAUCGACACGGGCCACCGGGCCGCGAUGUUCUGGGUGAUCGAUCACGUCGAGGAUCUCCCGGACGAGCGGGCCGUGCCGGUGCUCCGCCACGCGGUCGACCGGGCGGUGGCGCGCGAGGACAAGCACGCCCCCGUGACGCCCGCGUUCGCCGAGGCGGCCGCCGGCCUCGCCGGGCGGGACGCGGAUCAGCUCGUCGAGCCGCUGCGGCGGUCCGUGGCUUCCCGGGACAUCACGGCGGUGGACGGCAUCCUCGUGGCGUUGCUCCGCGCGUCGGAUGGGGUUCCGUGGGACGCGUCGACCGAACCGGAGUGGACGGACGACCGCGCCGAGGCGCUCUCGAUCGUCCUCCACGCCCAGUUCGAGCCGGGCGAGCUCGAGGACGAGGCGCACCGCGAGAAGCUCGAACGCGUGGCCCUCGGCUUCGGCGGGCUGCCGCAGAUGUUCCGGGUGCAGGCGGCCUGGAUGUCGCUGGAGGCGCGCGGCGAGGGGCGUCGUGUGACGGCGCAGCUCAUGGCCGGCACCGGGUCUGCCGAUGAAUAA